AUGCUCCCAUUCCGUAAUCUCUCAAGAGCGACUCGGCUUCUCAGUGUACAGCGACAGUUCACUUACUCAGCUUGCAGAAAUGGCGCAUCCAAUCCUCUCCGUCGCGGACUUGCGACUGCGACUCCCAAGAAUUCUAAGAAGCCUUACUAUGUGACAACUCCAAUUUUCUACGUUAAUGCCGCCCCUCAUGUCGGUCAUCUUUACACUAUGGUUAUCGCCGAUGUUUUGAAGCGAUGGCAGGUAUUACUCGGUAAUACCGAUGCUCAAUUGUUGACUGGCACGGACGAGCACGGGAUGAAGAUUCAACAAGCAGCUCUCGCGGCUGGCAUGGAUACACAGGCUUUCUGCGACAUGAACUGCCGAACCUUUGAGGCGCUAGCCAAAGCUGCAAACCUCGACCAUGAUCAUUUCAUCCGUACUACCGAUCCCGCUCACCGCGAUGCCGUCCAGUACUUCUGGGAAAUGCUUAACCAUCGGGGAUAUAUCUACACAUCCAAGCAUGAGGGCUGGUAUUCGGUCAGCGACGAGACAUUCUAUCCCCAGACGCAAGUGCAAAACUCCUUGGAUCCAGCCACAGGAAGAAAGCGCAUGGUUUCCAUCGAAACAGGCAAAGAGGUGGAAUGGUCUUCGGAAACCAACUAUCAUUUCCGAUUGUCGGCAUUUCAAGACCGUCUACUUGAACUAUACAAGAAUUCAGAUUUUAUCACACCUUCGAAGUAUGCAACGGCCAUCAUUCAGUCGGUGUCAUCUGGAUUGCAAGAUUUGUCAAUUUCCCGACCAGCAGAGCGGCUGACCUGGGGCAUUCCGGUUCCUGGCGAUGAUACACAAACGAUCUAUGUGUGGUUGGAUGCGCUCGUAAAUUAUUUGACUAGGGCAGGAUACCCUUUCACCCCGGGGCAGGAACACAAAUCCAUGUGGCCGGCCGAUGUCCACGUAGUCGGUAAGGAUAUUGUAAGGUUUCACUGUGUUUAUUGGCCCGCUUUUCUUAUGGCCCUGGACAUCCCUCUCCCCAAGAACGUCCUUGUACACGGACAUUGGACAAUGAAUCGCGAGAAGAUGUCCAAGUCGAGCGGCAAUGGAGUGAACCCAUUCUUCGCCAUUGAGAGAUUCGGAGUCGAUAGCAUGCGAUUCUUCCUUACAUAUCAGGGAGGCCUGUCGGAUGACGCUGACUAUGACAACUCAUUCAUCAUUCGCGACCAUAAGAAAAUACUUCAAGGGGGCAUCGGAAACCUCGCAUACCGCACAAUUGGGUGCGCCAAGGGCAAAUUGCGCUCGUAUAUCGAGGACGCCACUUCUGAUAAGCUCCCGGCCCCAAGCCCGGAGGAUCUAAAACACCAGUCGAUGCUGGUCCAGACACCUCCGAGAGUUUCCGAGCAUAUGACCGAACUAAACCCGCGUGCUGCACUACAGGAAAUUAUCAGCAUAAUUGAACAGACAAACAAGUACUUCCAUGCUGCGGAGCCAUGGAAAAGCCCCAAUCCCCAACGGGUCCUUUUCAACGCGGCUGAAUCCCUUCGAAUCUCUGCCAUCUUAUUACAGCCAUUCAUGCCCACCAAAUCAGGAGAGAUCCUGGAUUUCUUAUGCGUAAACACAGACCCUAACAAACGCGCUUUCUCAGCAGCGACCUAUGGCUCGGAUGCCGACUACGGUGACGGCAUCAAGAAAGCCUUUCUUUUCCCUCCUCUAGUUGCCGACGAGUAA